AUGCUUGACCUGCAAGUUCAUCCGCGCAUUUUCGUCCUAGGUAUCUACUGCCAUCACACUGAGAAAGGAAUAGAUAAUAAAAACAGAGGAGGUGCCGUGAUCGACCGAUGUUCGGUGCACGAGAUGGCUCAGUGGAUAGAGCGCGAAUUUAUUGAUCGGAAGAUCUGUGGUUCGAAUCCGAACUCGGACUCUCAACUUCCCCUGUCUAGGCUUGGGCAACCGGGCAGUAUCCCAGCCCUCGUGUUUUUUUUCUCUGGUGGCAUGGCAGAUCUGGUAGCUGCUGAGUUCCGCCUUCUUGUUGUUUCAUCAGUAAACGAGGUGGAAGGAUACUUUGAGGAACAGACACCAUUUACGCGUAUGAUUUUGCGCUCAGAGAGCGUUCUGUUUUCACGGACAUGGCACACAACUGAAUGUGCUGCACCGGGACGCCUCAAGUUUCAGUUGCUACGAUAUUCGAGAUAUCGCGAUUCAUGCACAUUCGAUUUUGGAGAAACGGGACAAAGCUCUUCUGUCGCGUGGACAGCAACUCUUGGUUUAUCUUUUGGUCUGCAGUGCCACUACGAACCUAUUGAUGUACAUCUAUUUUCGAUGGCGAAAUCCAAUGAUCUGAGGGCUGGGUUGUGUAAGAUUGUUCGAUAUUUUGCAUCUGAAAGAUUGUUCGUCUGUAGCACCCUUCCGGUGCCUAACUGCCAUGCCACUCGAAGGUUGCACGAGGGUUGGGAUACUGCCAGGUCUGGAAUCUGGCGGGUUCGAGAUUUCCAAAGGCUCGACAAGAGGUUCUGCGGUUCAAACACAACUACGGCAUCUCAGCCACCCCUGCCUAGGCUUGGGCAACCAGACUAUAUUUCAACCCUCUUACUGCCUUCAGGUAGCAUGGCAACAAGGCACGGAAUAGGUGUCGCAGCUGAAUUUCAUCAUCAUCAACAUCAUCACCAUCAUCAACAUCACCAUCAUCAUCAUCAUCAUCAUCAUCAUCAUCAUCAUCAUCAGCAUCCGCUUGGGCAACCAGACUAUAUUUCAACCCUCUUACUGCCUUCAGGUAGCAUGGCAACAAGGCACGGAAUAGGUGUCGCGCAGUCCCCGAGUUUCCCCGAAAACCUUAUGCUCUACUUGGAACCAAAUUGCUCGAAAUUAGCGAAGUACACUGAUUUGCAAACAAAUUUGGUUUGCGAGAGACUCACCUGGAACCCAGCUAAGUCUCCCGUUUGCAAUGUUUUGUCUCUGCACUCAGAUUGUGCAGACUUUAGCACACCACUCACUCCCUCAAUAUCGAGCAUUAGAUUUUCUUAG